GGUUGACAAGAACGGCAAGGCAACGUUUUCCCACCCUCACCGCAGGUGACAGACAGCCCCUCGGCGCCCUCCUCAUCUCCUGUGGGACCCGGGGGUAGCCGUCAAUCAACGGCUGAAAACGCUACUGUGCUCAUCGAUUUCUCACCGACUCCGUCGCUUUAGUCGGUUCAUUUCAUUUCAUUUUACUUCGUGGAACACGUUUCCGACUGCCGAAGCAAUUUCCGAUUUCCUUAUCGCUUCGUCGUACUCUGGUACCAUCAGCUGAUAUUUCCUCCGCCGAUUGAAAUCUCCUCUGCAGAUUUUUUCAAGAGUUUUGCUUGAUGGGAUGGAGGAUGUUCUUCUACUCUCUGUUUAUUCUCCUCAAUGUGGUUGAAUCCUCCAGUAGAUCAGGGAAAAUGUGGUUACUAAACCAGAGUUCCGAAGCAACAUCUGACUUCAGCUGGACAAUACUCAGUGCUGGUGUAUUUGUCCUUGUCGCAGUUGUUCUUUCCGUGUAUCUCAUCAUUGAGCAUUUAGCUUAUUAUAAUCAACCAGAGGAACAGAAGUUUCUGAUUGGUAUUAUAUUGAUGGUUCCUGUUUACUCUCUAGAAUCGUUCCUGUCGUUGUUAAAUUCAGAUGGCGCCUUCAACUGUGAAGUGAUACGGGACUGCUAUGAGGCUUUUGCAUUAUAUUGCUUUGAAAGAUACCUGAUUGCUUGCUUGGGUGGUGAGAAACGAACAGUUGAAUUCAUGGAAAGUGAGACUGUUGUUGACUCUAGCACACCUCUUUUGAAGGAAAAAUAUGCAUAUGGGGUUGUAGAACAUCCUUUUCCCUUAAAUUGCUUCAUAAGGGAUUGGUAUCUUGGCUCUGACUUCUAUCAUGCGGUGAAAAUUGGUAUUGUUCAAUAUAUGAUAUUGAAGAUGAUAUGUGCGCUCCUAGCUAUGAUUUUGGAAAGUUUCGGGGUUUAUGGAGAAGGAAAGUUUGACGGGAGAUAUGGUUAUCCCUACUUGGCGGUUGUACUUAAUUUUAGUCAAUCGUGGGCCCUAUAUUGCCUUCUCCAAUUCUAUUCCGUCACGAAGGACAAACUGGAACCAAUUAAACCAUUGGCAAAGUUUCUUGUUUUCAAGUCAAUCGUUUUCCUCACUUGGUGGCAAGGUGUUGCCGUUGCCUUUCUUUUCUCAAUAGGAGCUUUUAAAGGGUCCUUGGCUCUGGAGCUGAAGACACGUAUACAAGAUUACCUAAUAUGUAUUGAGAUGGGAAUUGCCGCUGUUGCACAUCUUUAUGCUUUCCCAGCAGUACCUUAUAAACGUGGAGAAAGAUGUGUUCGCAAUGUUGCUGUGCUGACUGACUAUGCAUCGCUAGGAGCACCACCUGAUCCAGAGGAAGUUAGAGACUGCGAACGGAGAACUAAAAUACGCUUGGGUCAAAACUUUGGUCGCCAUGACGAGAGAGAGAAGCGUUUGAAUUUUCCCCAGAGUGUUCGAGAUGUUGUUAUUGGAAGUGGUGAAAUUAUUGUUGAUGACAUGAGGUAUACAGUCACACACGUGGUAGAACCAGUGGAGAGGGGGAUUGCAAAACUUAACAAAACAAUCCAUCGGAUUUCUGAAAAUGUUAAACGGCACGAAGAGCGGCGGAAGAGUGCCAAGGAUGACAGUCAUCUGGUUCCUUUGAAUUCCUGGUCAAGAGAUUUUCCUGAACUCGAAGAAAAUCUUACUCAAGGCAGCUUAAGUGACAGUGGAAUAUCCAACGGUAAGAGACAGCAUUCCCAAUCUAAAGCCGCAGCUUCUCGUAUUAGAACCGGCUGAUAACAUGGCAUCUGUGUAUUAGGAAUGUAAAUCACGAAAACUCAAAUGUUGGCAUGAUUAUUAACCAUGCUGAUAUAUACUUAGCUUAGAAAUGUGAAUGGUGGGACGUUAACUGGCAUAAAGUUCUGGUCCCCAUGUAGAGAGCUAACCCAUAACCAAAACUCGUGAAAUUAGCCAAUUAGGUACAAACAAAGGAAACAGAAGGGGAAUCCACAGUGGUUUUGGAUUUAUCUUCUGUUGGAAUGAUCUGGUGACUUUGAGGUUUGAGCCAUCACUUAAAAAGAAUGAAAAAACUCCACUCUUUCCACUGAACAAUUGUUUGGAGGGGAUGUAAAUGGCUGCCAAAUGUCCCUCAUGUGUAACUCUACGUUUACUGUAUUUUUUAUCGACUUAUGAACAGGAAACUUACCACAAAUACGAUCUUCUCUC